AAUCGCUAUCUGUCGCACGCGCCAAACAAACCACAAUUUGGAGAUCGUUUGUGUUGAGAUAGCGUCAUCGCCAUGGAAAGUGAGGUCCAGGAGGCUAUAGCCAGCCUCAGAAAUCAGGACUUGAAUGCGGUCGCCGCAACGAGUGCCGAGAAAUUCGAAGCCAUAGUAAAAAUACGUGCUGCUCUGUACGACAUGGCAUCUAGUUAUUUAAGGGAUAUUAAGAAAGUUGCCGUCGACAUCUCGAAGGCGGGAGGCUGUGCCGACCAGCCGGACGUGAUUCUCAAGUUCAUCCACCACCUCAUCACGACGACGAACGGCGGGGUGUUUGUAGACGGCGUGCACGGUCUGACGGACGGCAGCGUCGGUCGCCACUUCCAACUGUCGUACGACUUCAGCACGUGGGUGGUGAGCGUCGUUGUGAAAUCUCGCGGACAUCCGGGAUGCUCGAGGCUUCACGCUCGCUGCGCCGAGGUGCUCCUCUCCCUGUUCGUGCUCGCGAGGACGAGAAACCCACCGAUGUUCACACUGCUGCUAGCGGAGGUCACGCGAGCGAUGAUAGAGGCGAUUCACUCGCUUGGAUUGAUUAGCAGCGGAGCUCAGACAUUCGAGUUUGGAUAA